ACACACUGCGUCUUAAAUUCUGUGUUAUAGCUGACUAGAAAUCUGUAGCCCGCUGCUUUUCUCUCUCUUCAUUUAUCUUCUUAAAAUAUGUUUACAGCUGGCUUAUAGACUGCUAUUGUCCUUGCUCUUAGAAGUAAGAGUAUAGUCGAUACGCGAGAUUCCCCCAUCGGCGACACCGCCGCGGCCGAGCCCCCGACACGGCACAAAAUUUCCACGAGAGCAUGCGCGCGCCGCUGUUCCACACCGGCCUGUGGCGCCUAUAUAUGGGGUGGAGCCGCCAACCCAAGUUUCACUUUCACCCCCAGAAACCCCGCAACACACGAGUUAAACCGCUACUCCUCCUCCUCCUCCUACUACCACUAGUAGGCAGCUUUGAGCUUUGAAGGUGGUAGCUACUCGGAGUAGUAGUACUAGCAGUAGCAUCUGGGAGUGUGAAGCGGUAGUAGUAGUAGUGCACUAGUGCGUCACACUCACACACACACACAAGCAGCAGCAGCAGCAGCUGAGCUUUUAUUUUACUACUCCUUUUAAAAGAGGGGUGUGCCACCACUGUUGUCGCCUCCUCAGCUCAGCUCAGCUCGCCUUCCUUUUCACUCACACGCGCACGCUCGCUAGCUAGAGAGAGAGAGAGUGAGGGAGCGGCAAUAAAAAGAAGAGAGAGAGAGAGAGAGAGAGAGGCUAGGCAGCUAGCAGGAGGAGGAAGGGACCGACCACCGCCUGCCGCAAUGGCGACCGGCGGCAGCGGCGGCGGCGGCGGAGGUGGAGGUGGUGGUGACGAUGUCCACGGGCUCAAGUUCGGCAAGAAGAUCUACUUCGAGCAGGACGCGGCGGCGUCGGCGUCGGCGGCGGCGGUGGAGUCGUCGUCGACGUCGUCGGGCGGAGGCGGCAAGAAGGGGAAGGGCGUGGCGGCGGCGGCGGCGCCCCCGCCGCCGCUGCCGCCGAGGUGCCAGGUGGAGGGUUGCGGCGUGGAUCUGAGCGGCGUCAAGCCGUACUACUGCCGCCACAAGGUGUGCUACAUGCACGCCAAGGAGCCCAUCGUCGUCGUCGCCGGCCUCGAGCAGCGCUUCUGCCAACAGUGCAGCAGGUUCCACCAAUUACCUGAAUUUGAUCAAGAAAAAAAAAGCUGCCGCAGACGCCUUGCAGGUCACAAUGAACGCCGGAGGAAGCCGACACCUGGACCUCUUUCUUCUCGCUAUGGCCGGCUUGCUGCAUCCUUUCAUGAGCCAGGCAGGUCCAGAAGCUUUGUGGUAGAUUUCUCAUACCCAAGGGUUCCAAGCAGUGUGAGGGAUGCGUGGCCUGCUAUUCAGCCCAGCGAUCGCAUGUCCGGUUCAAUCCAGUGGCAAGGGGGCCAUGAACUCCAUCCUCACCGCAGCGCAGUUGCGGGAUACAGUGAUCACCAUGCGUUCAGCAGCCAUGGUGGCUCAGCGGCUGGGGCACCAAUGCUCCACCACCCAGCCUUUGAGCUCACCUCAGGUGGAUGUCUCGCGGGAGUCGCCACCGACUCCAGCUGUGCUCUCUCUCUUCUGUCAACUCAGCCAUGGGAUACUACCCAAAGCACCAGCAGCCACAACCGGUCCCCGCCAAUGUCGUCAACGGCCAGCGCCUUCGGAGGCGGCAACAACCCGGUGUCGCCCUCGGUCAUGGCAAGCAACUACAUGGCGGCGAGCCCCGGCUGGAACAGCUCCAGCCGGGGCCAUGACGGCGCCAGGAACGUGCACCUGCCGCCACCGCACGGGGUUGUGCUGAACGAGGUCCCUCCGGGCUCUGUCCACCACGGCCAUUUCUCCGGCGAGCUCGAGCUCGCACUGCAGGGAGGUGCCCCGUCCAACCGGCCGGAAGCCGAGCAUGGCUCCGGCAGCGGCGCCUUCAGCCACUCCACCAAUGCCAUGAACUGGUCUCUGUAGAGACCAUUGAUCAUCUUCUUCCCCACCGUCACUGCGCCUUCAUGCCAAGAGACAUGGAACAUUGGGCAGCCUAGUUUUGUGCUCCUUAACAUUGCCAUUUAGGUUUUCAGGAUGGAGAGGGAAUUCGUAACUGAUUAGGCCAGUAAUUUCCUCUCGUUGAGCCUGAUGUGUCCAUGAAUUCAAAACACCCGAAGAGAUCCACUACCUGUAGAACUCCAUAAACUGGGAGAAUUGAUGUGUUUUACUUGACCUAUUUUAAUCUCGGAUUCAUCUUAAA